AUGACUCAUGGUGGUGCAGUGGGCAUAAAGGUGGCGGUUUGGUUGGGAUACUCGACUGGUCAUAGUGAAGGCGACUAUGGAGAGGGAGUGAGAUUGGGGAAGAAGAUGGAGGCUGGUAUGGAAGUGGGUGAGGCGCGAAGCAUAGUUUUUGGGUGCGAGGAGAUUGUGGGGAAAGUUGGGAUGAGGCAUGGUGUGUUAGGUAUGAAGAAGAGUGAGUGA